AUGGCUGAGAGAAAGAAGCCUUCAGGAGCUCAAUAUCGUAAACGAAAAGUUGAACAGCAGAGGGAACAAGAAAAACAGAAGGGUUCAUUGCUAAAGUUUAUAUGCCGACAAGACUCUACUAAAGAGGAUAGUAAUGGUGGACAGAUUCCCACUGAUAUGGAAGCUGAAGAAAUAUCUAAUGUUGUUGAUAAUGAUAAUGUGAUGAUGAGUGAAACACUUUCUAACUCAACAGUUCCCGUUUCCCAUGCAGAUAAUGGCCAAUUGAAUAAUUCUCUCGAGGAACAUGUACAGCAAGCAAGUGAAGAAAAAACGGAUAAUGUUAUUCCACAGGAUCCAGCACUUUGGCCUCUACUAAUUAAUCAUAAUACACGUGCAAUCAUUGUAGAACGUGGACCUCAGCAAAUAAAAGAUAUCAGUUUCCCAAAUGAUAAGAACAAUCGAAAGUUUUCAGUAUUUCACUACUUAAGAAAACUUUCUAAUGGAGAAGAAUUAUGUCGCAGCUGGCUCUUGUAUUCAGUAUUAAAAGACUCAGUGUUUUGUUUCUGUUGCAAACUGUUCAGUACGAAAGCAAUUGGCAUAUCAUCACUAACUCAUACAGGUUCAAAUGACUGGAAAAACAUGGCGGCAAUUCUUUCUUCCAACGAGAAAAGUCCUGAACAUUUGCAGAACUAUCAAAAAUGGAAAGAACUACAUCAGCGAUUACAGAGGGAUAGUACAAUGGAUGCAGAAAUUUUGCGCAAGAUGAAGAAUGAAGAAAAGUAUUGGCAGCAAAUACUAAAGCGUUUAAUAGAAUUAGUGAGAGUUUUGGGUGAACAGAAUCUAGCUUUUCGCGGUACAAAUGAAACAUUGUACAGUGCCAAUAACGGGAAUUUUUUAAAAUUUGUGCAAUACUUGGCCAUUUUUGAUCCAUUAAUGAACGAACAUCUACGAAAGAUAUCAAAUAAAGAGCUUCAAUGA